AAGGUAAUGGAUCCCAAAGUCUGGCGUGUGAAGCUAAAUGAUGGCCACUUCAUUCCUGCACUGGGAUUUGGUACCUAUGCACCCGACAAGGUUCCUAAGAGCAAAGCUUUCGAGACCACCAAAUUAAGUCUAGAUGCUGGGUUCCGUCAUAUCGAUUGUGCUUACGCAUACAGUAAUGAAAGGGAGGUUGGACUGGCUAUCCGAAGCAAAGUUGAAGAUGGCACUGUGAAGAGAGAAGACCUAUUCUGCAAUUCAAAGCUUUGGGCCACUUGUCUUCGACCAGAGUUGGUUCGACCAGCCUUGGAAAAGACUCUGAAAAAUCUUCAACUGGACUAUGUUGAUCUCUAUAUUAUUCAUUUUCCAGUGGCUAUGAAGCCAGGGGAGGAACUUUUUCCAAAAGAUGAACAUGGAAAAGUAAUAGUUGACACAGUGGAUCUCUGUGCCACAUGGGAGGCCAUGGAGAAGUGUAAGGAUGCAGGACUUACCAAGUCCAUUGGGGUGUCCAACUUUAACCGCAGGCAGCUAGAGAAGAUCCUGAACAAGCCAGGGCUCAAGUACAAGCCCGUCUGCAACCAGGUGGAAUGUCAUCCUUAUCUCAACCAGAGCAAACUGUUGGAUUUCUGCAAGUCAAAAGAAAUUGUCCUAGUUGCCUAUAGUGCUUUGGGAUCCCAACGUCCAAAAGAAUGGGUAGAAGAGAGUGCCCUGGUUCUUUUGGAAGAUCCAGUUCUUUGUGCUGUGGCAAAAAAGAACAAGCGAACUCCAGCACAGAUUGCCCUUCGUUACCAGCUGCAGCGUGGGGUGGUGGUCCUCGCCAAGUGUGACAAUGAGAAGCAGAUGAAAGAGAAUAUGCAGGUUUUUCAAUUCCAGUUGUCUUCAGAGGAUAUGAAACUCCUAGAUGGCCUAAACCGAAAUUUUCGAUAUGCACGUUUUCACAUUGUUGAUGACCACCCUGAGUAUCCAUUUUCUGAUGAAUAUUAA